AUGCGCGGCGAGAAGGAGUGCCCCAUCUGCCUCGAGACGCUCGAGCCCUCGACAGGCGGCCUGGUCAAGACUGCGUGCCCCGGCGGCCACAUCUUCCACCGCUCGUGCCUCUACCGCUGCUUCGGCGACGGCUGCACCGCCGAUUGCCCCAUGUGCCGCCAGCCCAUCGCCAAGGGCGACGAGACCCCUCUGCCGCGGCCCGACAAGACGCCGCCCAAGCGGCGCCGGAUCUCCGGCUUCAACAACCGCGAGGCGGUCGGCGCGCUCCCGCGGCAGAGCUUGCGGGUCUGCAUGCGCAUGGGCCUGCCGACGGAGCAUGCCGUGCGCUAG